GUCGUUUGCGUUCGGUUCCAUCUCUUUUGCAAAGUAAAUUCCAUACUGUGCAGUGUUCUCUUCUGGAGCUAAGGUCGAUUUUUUGACGACUUGCACGGUUUUUCGUUUAAAAAUGGCUCUAAACAAAGCUGAAUUAGCCUGUGUGUACUCGGCACUAAUCCUCGUUGACGAUGAUGUUGCCGUAACUGAUGAGAAAAUCUCUACCAUUCUCAAGGCUGCCAACGUGGAUAUCGAGCCAUAUUGGCCCGGUCUUUUUGCAAAGGCCCUGGAGGGUAUCAACGUCAAGGAUUUGAUUACUAAUAUCGGCUCCGGCGUUGGAUCAGGUGGUGGUGCUCCCGCUGCUAGCUCUGCUGCAGCUGCAGCACCAGCUGCUGCUGAAAAGAAGGAAGAGAAGAAGGAGGAAGAACCCGAGGAAUCCGAUGACGACAUGGGAUUCGGUCUCUUCGGUUAGAUCCUACUUCCUCAUCGGUAUUCUGCAAAGGAGAGUGCAGGUAUUUUCGCCUGCAACAUUUUCCAUUUGCUGUAACACUAGUACAGUUUUAAUGUACCAACGUGUGAAUAAAAAUUAAGCUUCCA